UCGGUAUCGCCUAGUUUGGGUCCAGGUUGGAUUUGGAAUCGUGGAGAUGCGGAAGGAAACCCCGACCCCGCUCGUGCCCCCGGCGGCCCGCGAGUGGAACCUGCCCCCCAAUGCACCCGCCUGCAUGGAACGGCAGUUGGAGGCUGCACGGUACCGGUCUGACGGUUCCCUUCUGCUCGGGGCCUCCAGUCUGAGUGGUCGCUGCUGGGCCGGCUCUCUGUGGUUUUUCAAGGAUCCGAAUGCGGCCCCCAACGAAGGCUUCUGUUCUGCGGGCGUCCAGACCGAGGCCGGAGUAGCUGACCUCACUUGGGUGGGGGACAAAGGUAUCCUAGUGGCAUCUGAUUCAGGUGCUGUUGAAUUGUGGGAACUAGAUGAGAAUGAGACACUUAUUGUCAGCAAGUUCUGCAAGUAUGAGCAUGAUGACAUUGUGUCUACUGUCACUGUCCUGAGCUCUGGCACACAAGCUGUCAGUGGUAGCAAAGACUUCUGCAUCAAAAUUUGGGACCUGGCUCAGCAGAUGUCACUGAAUUCAUACCGAGCUCAUGCUGGCCAGGUCACCUGUGUUGCUGCCUCUCCCCACAAGGACUCCGUGUUUCUUUCAUGCAGUGAGGACAGUCGAAUUUUGCUCUGGGAUACCCGCUGUCCUAAGCCAGCAUCACAGAUAGGCUGCAAUGCUUCUGGCUACCUUCCUACCUCCCUGACUUGGCAUCCUCAGCAGAGUGAAGUCUUUGUCUUUGGUGAUGAGAAUGGAUCUGUCUCCCUUGUGGACACCAAGAAUGCAAGCUGUACCCUCAGCUCAGCUGUACACUCCCAGUGUGUCACUAGACUGGUAUUCUCUCCACACAGUGUUCCCUUUCUGGCCUCUCUCAGUGAAGACUGCUCACUUGCUGUGCUGGAUUCAAGCCUUUCUGAGGUGUUUAGAAGUCGAGCCCACAGAGACUUCGUGAGAGAUGCUACGUGGUCUCCACUCAACCACUCCCUCCUUACCACAGUUGGCUGGGACCAUCAAGUCAUCCACCAUGUUGUGCCCCUAGAGCCUCUCCCAGCCCCUGGACCUGAGAAUGUUGUGGAGUAGAAUGGAUUUCAGAAAAAAACAAGCCCUCCACCCGCAAGAAUCUACUUGCUUGCCCCUGCCUUCUGAUUGUGAGAGCACAGGAGCCUUGUAGAGCAGGUUUACUCCCUAGUCCUGUGCAGUAAAUAGGCAGAAUCUCAGCCUCAGGGAGGCUGCAUUCCAUAGUGACUAGGAGGAAAACUUCCUUUAUAAAUGGAUGUAUGUGUGAGAGCACAUGUGUAUGAGUGUAUUGAGUAGUUUGGGGUGGGGGAAAUUGUCCUUCAGCUUUCCCAAAGCAAUGUUCUGUAUUCCCCACAAAGUGACCAGAGGGUUUUAUGCUCCCUAAGUCCAAGAAUUGGCUAUUUUGUUUGGCAUAUGGAAUGUGGGUAUCCCUAGAUUUGUGGGAGUAGUUCUGCUACUCAGAUGGGGUAACUUAUUUUUAUAUAGAGUUUAAUUCAUUAUUAUGGGAAAUACUUCCAUUCACAAAAGUCCAGCCCACAGUACCUUGAGAGGACACAGGAAAUACUACAAAUCCCUGUUAAGCCGAAUCAAAUCCAUUUUCUGGGUAAAUAAAUUUGGCUGUUGCAAUGUA